AUGUUAGAUCGUCCCCUUAUCUGCAAAUUCACUUCGCCUUAUUUCCUACACCAAGUUUGGGCCAACUCUACUAUAGCCGAUUUUCGGGCAAACACAAACUCAACUUUUGCUCCUCCUAAACAGUCAUCAUACUUUUAUCAAGAUACGGAAGGAUCUGAAACAUAUGAAUUUGGUUAUCGCGUUGAAGAUAAAUCAACAGAAAAUAUUCAAUUUAGAAAUGAAACCCUAUUCUCAAAUGGUACUGUAACUGGAUCGUAUGGAUAUUUACGAGCUGAUGGAAUUUUCACAGUUGUUAAUUAUGUAGCAGAUGAUAAAGGUUACAGAACUAAAAGGAAGAAGAAGGUUAAUAAAAACCAUCAUUCCAAAGAAUCAUCAGAAACGCAGUCAACAAUAACUACUACUGCAACUACAACGACUACUUCAGAAAUUCCACCAUUGAAUCUCACCUCUGGAACUCUUCCACCAUUACUUGUGGAUAAAGUUAUGGAUCAAUUUCAAAUUGAUCUUAGUCCAGAUGCAAGUCCAGGUGAUAUUCUCCAUCCAAAUAUUUCAGACAUAAUUGAUGGUAAAAUUCCAUUAAAAAUGGCAGCAAAAAAUGCUGGAUUUGAUGUUGUGCAAAAUUUCAUACCAAUGAAUUUUCCAAUAGCUCCAUUUCAGUUGCCAACUGAUAAACCAAGUAAAUCAAAAGAUGAUUGA